CCGCCCAUUACCCUUCAGGGCUGCUGGCUUACAAUAGAAAUGUUGGCCGUCCGAAUGUACGUGUUUCACUUUAUUUUAUUUUUUUGUUUUUAUUCCGAGGUUGUCGCACUUUCUUCUUACCAGUGAGCUCUGAAAGUCGCACACCGAUUGAGCGAGGCUGGCGACCUGAUUCGAAAAAUGGGGUUUGAGAUGGGCUUGGAAUCCACGCGAGCCAUGUCUCACAACGCCAUUAGAGUUGAGGAGCAAGGUAAUAAGGUUAAGAAGACAGCACCAUACGGGACAUGGGAGAGCGACAUUACCAAGGAUGCGGUAUUUAGUAGCAGCAGAGUCCUGCAAUCGCCCAGGGCUGACCGACUCACGGGGCGGGCAUUCUUCUGCGAACAGCGCUCCGAUGGCAACAACCAUCUUUUGGAAGUCAACGGCGCUGAUUGUGUCGAUGUCUUACCAGAUGGCUUCAGCGUGAAAAGCAAGGUCUACGAGUAUGGUGGUGCUCCAUAUUCAAUAUUGCCUGGGUCACGGAUCAUCUUCUCCAAUUUCAAGGACAGUUCGGUGAAUAUCCUGGACGUGGACGAAGGAACGGUCGAGCGGUUAUUGGAGAGUGACACUCUUCGAUAUGCAGAUUUCGAUGCUCAUCCAGGAGAUGAGCCCUGGGUACUGGCUGUUCAGGAAGAUCACGAGAUCGACAUCCCCGAAAAAGUCAAGAAUUAUGUUGUCGCCAUUAAUACGAGCACAGGCGAAGUCAAGAGAAUAGUAGAGGGCGCAGACUUUUACAUGUUUCCCAGCUUCAGCCCCGAUGGCAACAAGAUUUCAUGGGAACAAUGGAACUUCCCGGGUAUGCCCUGGGCUGGUGUUAGCCUACACUGGGCUGAUUGGUCGGAGCAAGGUAUCAAGUCAGAUACAAUCGAGCAGAUUGCUGGCAGCGACACAUCUACCGUGACAGAGCCACGAUGGGGCUUGGACGGGUAUCUCUAUUAUGCUGAAGAGCAGAGCAACUACUACCAGUUGUUCCGGCGUAAGCCUGGGGGAACUGAAUCUACACCACUCAAUCUGCCGGGUUUGGAAAAGGUGGAAUUCGGCAGUGCUAAGAUGGCCUGCGGAAGUCAUACAUACGCGAUCUUGUCAGAGAAAGUACUUGUUGCUUCGGUGACGCAGGACGGUACGGACAAGAUUGUUUCGGUUGACCUAGACGCUCUGACUUAUAAGAUUCUUGACUUGCCUUUCGCAAGCGUCGUAUAUGAUGGCGUCGAAAGGCGCACAGACGAGUCUUUACUGCUCAUUGCCAACAGCCACACCAGCCCGAACGUGGUCUGUGAAGUCAAGCUGACUAAAGAUGGUGCUGACUUCAUCACCCUCCGCACAUCUACCGAUGUCAAAUAUCCACCCACCACCUUUUCCGUCCCCGAAUCUAUCUCUUUUAGCGCGAAGAAGGGCCCCGAACGCGACGUAUACGGCUUCUUCUGGCCACCUCACAAUCCUAAUUUCGAGGGGCCUGUCGGUGAGAAACCACCGCUGAUAAUCCAGUCGCAUGGAGGUCCGACAGGACACACGCCUCCAGCUUUGACACUGGAGCUGCAAUAUUGGAACGCUCGAGGAUAUGCCACGUUCGCUAUUAACUACACCGGGUCCACAGGAUACGGCAAGUCGUACCGAGAGCUGCUCAACGGAAGAUGGGGCGUCAUUGACGUGGAUGACGUGGCCGAAUGCGUACAACAUCUUGUUGAUUCGGGCCGCGUUGAUGGCUCGCGUGUUGGUAUCCGUGGAGGCAGCGCUGGCGGGUACAGCGUACUCCAAGCUCUAUGCACAUAUCCAGACAUCUUCGCUGGAGGAGUCUGCUUGUUCGGAAUUAGCGAAGUGAAACUACUUUUGGCGGAGACACACAAAAUGGAGUCGCGUUACGUGGACAUGUUAAUGUUUACGGAUGAAAUGACUGAUGACGACAGACAGAGAGUAAUGAAGGAUCGUUCGCCCGUGUAUCACGCGGGCAAUAUUACGGCACCUUUGCUUAUUCUGCACGGCGAAGAGGAUAAGGUCGUGCCGAUCUCACAGGCAUACACAAUGUAUAAUGACAUGACGAAGCGUGGGCGGGAUGUGAAAUUGGUCAGAUUUCCUGGCGAAGGACAUGGAUUUCGAGGUGGUGCCAAUCGACUUAAGUCUCACGAGGAAGAGGAAGCAUGGUGGAAAAAGACACUGGUCAAGUCGUCACUAAAGCGAAAGCUCUCAAAUCCCGAGCGUAUUUAGAGUUGGCAGGCCAAUACAUUGCUGCCAGUCACAAAGACUGUGGGCCCACCAAGACAGCAAUUUAAAAUAAGCUUAAACGUUUUGUGUGGCACUGGGCCCGUCUCUAUAAUGCAGGUACACUGAUAUCUAAGCUCUAGGAUUUUCUUCCCUGUGACCGGCCUCGUUGCGAAGAUCGCAGGCAAUCUAACAAAUCCUGCAACCCAGAUCUGUUCUCAAACAAGAUAAGCAACGCGUAGAAAGCAACAAACUCCACACACACAGCAGCCCAACGGCACUUGGCACUCGCUCUAUCCUUGCUUUGCC